AACUGGAUUCGAGAGCAUGGCGCUUCAUAUAGUAGGAGUUGCCUGAUGGCGGGUCGGACAGCCCCCUGAACCAUACUCUUCCCAUUUUUUUGCGCCUCCAACAUGUCCGAUCCUACUGCGACGCUUAUCGAAUGCCGGGUCGAAUACGCCGUCGGCAGCGCCAUUGUCGGACUACGGUUUUUCGCUAGGUGGAAGACGCUAGGAUGGCGAGGCUUCUACUGGGAUGAUUUCUUUGCGUUUUUGUCUUGGGUCUUCUUCACAAUGAUUUAUGCGAUGGUCGAGUUUCUUAAUGUAAAGGGGGCUCCGAUAGCUCUGACACAAGAACAGCGCGAGGCGCUUCCGCCUGCAAUGCGCAAGUCGAUGAGAGAAGGGGCAAAGGCCAUGUUUGCUUCUUUUUACUUUUUGAUCUUCCUCGUUUGGAGCCUCAAGGGCUGUCUCAUCAGUUUGUUUCUGCGUUUCACGAGAGAUACCCAUCUGUAUCGAUAUGUGCAGAUUACCGGCGGUGUGUCAGUUGCGGCGUUUACUGCGGCAAUCAUCACUCAGACUACGCACUGCUUGCCUUUGAAAAGAAAUUGGCAGAUUCUUCCUGACCCGGGCAAAGAGUGCUCAGCGGGUAUUGUCAUUAAUAUUGUCAUUGCAGUGGGCAACGUGUUAGUAGAUGCGAUGCUGCUCGUGGUGCCAGUAUGGAUGUUGAAAGAUACGCAGAUCAGUCUUUGGCGCAAAGCUAGGAUCAUGUUCCUUCUUUCCCUUGGACUUUUCGUCAUGGGCAUGGCUAUCGCCCGCUGUAUCUUGUCUAUUGGGACUACCGUCCAAGUAGCUCUCGCCUCGGUAUGGGCGCAGCGCGAGGCUAUUGUGUCUAUUUUCGCCGUCAACGCACCCGUUAUAAACAGCCUAUUCAGAGCAGAGACUUGGAUGACAAGAUCCCGCAGCGGUUACCCCUCCAAGCACUAUCUUUCAAACCCUGGGAAUUUGGCCAGGAAGAAGAAGACUGGGUUUGAGAUGUACAAAAUGACGGAUCUCGAAACAAACAUGACCGAUAUCGAGACGAGCAGUAAAGAGAGCACUACGGACUUGGUUAGAGGCCAACCAAACCAUCAAGAUUCGUCGCAGUAGCGAU